AUGUCGCAUGGCCAAACGCUGAUGACCAGAUUAGCUACCAAGGCUGCAGCUGCAGCCGCAAAGCAGAAGCAGCAAAUUAUAGACAACGCAAGCAGCUGGGAAAUCAAAGCCGACGCAGAUAUGCUAAAGGAAGUAUCGUCGCUGUCCCGCCAGCGUGAUCAGGUAAGCCUUAAGCGAACACGAGGGCAAAGGACACUUGUCACUGCAAAGCAUGAAGUGAGCCUCCCGCAACUCAAGACAUUCCUGAAGAAGGUGAAUGACGCGUACGCCGAAUUGGGUGCUAUUCAUAAGAAGCUGAUAUCCCGGAUGAACCUUUCCGACAGUCAUCGAGGAGUUCAUGUUAGCACACGAGACGAACAUCACCAAGGCUCAAACUCCACAACCACAGGUGAUCCUGAAGUAAUAGCCAUUGAAGGUACCGAUCCCUACUUUCGAUGGAUCGUACGCCCCAGCUGGCCAAAGUUUAAGCCCAUAUUCCAGGACCUAAUGGUUGACUCGGGAGAUUCCGAUGUCAUUAAGCUUUAUCACCUUGAUAAAACGCUUGUCGGUGAAGCGGCUGGAGUUCUUGAUGUCAAGGUAAUGAGCGAAUGGAACUACCAGCAAGCAUGGACUAUCCUCUCCGAACGAUACGAGAACAAGAGGAUCGUCGUCGAGACGCAAAUCUGUGGCCUAUUCAACAUCUCGAAAAUGACCUCAGGAUCCUGUGAAGAGCUUCGACGACUCCACGACGAGUGUAUCCGACCUCUACCUGGUCCACAUCUUGUCGUCUUCGAUGGAUCAAGCAACGAGGAUAAUAUGGGAGGCUACGCAGAAGAAAUGUGA